AUGUCGCGAGCGGUUUGCAUUAACGAGUUAUUGUGUUAUUUAUUUAAUAAUUCUGACAAAAUUGACGAUGCGGAAUUCAUUUACGAAAUAAUGGAUUUCUACAAUUGUGAAGAUAUUAGAAUAGCAAAAAAAAUACUUACCAGCGAUCUAGAUGCGUUAAAUCUAGAAAAAGAUGAUAAAAUAAAGCCAAACAGUUCUGGAAACUCUAAAAAGGACAAGGUUAGUGAUUUAAUACUAACAAUAAAAACAAUUCUGAGCAACAAAAUUGAAAGCAAAUUGCCUCAGUAUGCUGCUCUCAACCUUUUUAAAAUUCCAAGCUCAAAAAAAGCUAAAUUUGAGUCAAUUCUUGACGAAAAGUUAAAAAAAUUAGAAGAACUAUUUAUUGAAGAAAGAAACAUCUUCCGAGAAAUAGUAAAUGAUGCGGCUAUUAACAAUAGCCCAAAA